AUGUCCAGCAGCCAACGCAACGUCUAUGUCCACCAGAGCAACUCUGGCUCUUCCACCGCCGGCUCCUCUAGCCGCUCCUCCAGCUCAUCUGCUUACUAUGAAUCUUCCAACUCCCGCUCUGGCUCAACCCGCCGCGAAUAUGAAGCUGCUGGUCGUACUGCUGAGGUUGUCCGAUCCGGCCACAAUCUUGUCAUCAACCACAACAGAACGGACUACGAGAGGGGCUCCCCUUCUCCUCGCUACCGUAGUGGCUAUCAGUGA